AUCACCGAGCGCGCCUCCUAGCCAUCGAACCCACCCUUUUCCUGUGUCAGAGCCGGGUACUCCAGCUCUGAGUUUCUCCUGAACAGGACAGAUGUCCCAGGAGAGCCAAUUUCAAUCCAGAACCUCUUAAGAGCUGGGACACAGGUUCCAGUUUACGACUCCACAAAAAAACGGGGCUGUUUGAUUUGGCUUUUGUUUCGGGGUUUCAAAUGUGAGGCUGAGGCAUUAUGAGGUAUCCACAGUUCAGCUGUGGCCAGCGAGCUUUGUCUCCCAGCCCAUAUAAGCCCUGGGAAUGCACCCAGGCUUUGAGCUCUGCUCCAGGUGAUGUACUUGGGCCCCAGAGCCAACUCUUCAGCUAGCACAGUGGUCGGCCUUCUGCCUGAAGCCUCAGGACUCCAGGUCACCCUGGAUGAUGGUCCGACCUGGGUCAACCCUUUGUCUACUGGGGGAGCUACUUUCGUCUCCCAACAGCCCUCUGUUGUACCUAAGUGUUUGAACCAGUCAUUUGCAGUUUUCUAGACGGUCCCUGGACACCUUCCACCCAGUCAUUUAUCUUCAUGGCUUUCUCAACUGGUCCCAACUGCUGUGGGUCUGCACCUCCCAUGACCUUCCUUGAAGUUCUUCUGGCCUCAAGGUUCUCUUUACCGGCUUCCAGGAGGGGUCUAGUAUAAGUAUUCUGACCUUAGAUGGCAUUCUUCCUUUUCUGUAGGUCCGUCUGUCAUCUCCAAAAAGGCCCUUCAAAACAAGAAUGCCAUCUCCUCUGGGUACCCCAUACCUAUCCCUCAGAGACUCCAGGACCACCCUUGAGGAGCCUGAGGCUGCACGACUCCGUUUCCGGGGUUUCUGCUAUGAGGAGGUUGAGGGACCCCGAGAGGCACUGGCCCAGCUUCGAGAGUUAUGUCACCAGUGGCUGCAGCCUGAAUCGUCCUCCAAAGAUCAGAUGAUAGAGUUGCUGGUUUUGGAACAGUUCCUGGGUGUGUUGCCCCCUGAGAUCCAGGCCUGGGUUCGAGGGCAGCGACCAGGGAGCCCCGAGGAGGCGGCAGCCCUUGUUGAGGAACUGCAGCAUAAUCCAGGGCAGCUGCUGGAUUGGAUCACAGCCCACAUCCUGAAGCCAAAGAUGCUUCCUCUAGUCCAGAAGACAGAGUCCUCAGGGAGUCACCACAUCUCAGCAGCAACAGAGUCCUCCAAGGCAGCCCCUGCGGAGGCACCACAGGACACCUGGAUAGAGAGAUCUACCCAGAUCAAUUGCAGUGUGAAGGAGGAAAUCGUUGCUGACGGGCAGGAGAUGGAAUCUCCAAGUGCCCUCCUUCCAGCCCAGGACCCUGAGGGAUAUCUCGAACAUCAGGAAACAGCCUCUGUAUCCUUCCAACCAGGAAGGAUCCAGGAGUGGGGCCUGUUGGACUCAUCACAAAAAGAGCUAUGCUGGGAUGUGGUGCCAGAGAAGUACGACACAGUGGUGUCCCAGGCAAGCCUGCCGCUGCUACAGCCAGAGACACAUGUUGACUCUGAGCUGAGACCAAAACAGGAGACACCACACAAAGGACCAGAGUCCCUCGGGAGCCAUCCCCCAGAAAUGGGAGCCAUUGCAGAUCUAAAGCUAGUUCAAGCCACUCCAAGUGAAAGACAGAGUCCUUGCAAGGACCCUCCAGGCUUGUCUCCCACACCACUGCUUGAAGUCCCAGAUAGGCCCACACCUCGGAAGCUGUACGUUUGUGAGCAGUGUGGCCUCAGCUUUGACUGGAAGUCGGUUUUCAUCAUCCAUCUCCGCACACACAGGAGUGGGCCAGGCCUGGAAAGACCAUCACAGGUGACCUGGGAGCCGACCAUGCGGCGCUCCCCUAGCCUUCGGGGCUAUACAUGCACGGAGUGUGGGCGCAGCUUCAGCUGGAAGUCACAGCUGGUCAUCCACCGCAAGAGCCAUGCAGGUCAGCCGCGCCACUUCUGCCGGGACUGUGGGUGUAGCUUUGACUGGAAGUUUCAGCUGGUCGUUCAUAGAAAGAUCCACCAGCCAGAGGGGCCAUGAGCAGCUGGAGAGUCAUGUCUCUGCUUGGAUGCCUCCAGCCCCUAAUGCACCACUUCUGGUAUCCUCUCUAGCCAAGAGGAGUUUGUAAGACACCCCAAGUCAGUCAGGGAUUGCAAGAUUACCCUGUCUAACACCAGACUAUCCAGUAUAAGGAAAAGAGGCUGUUCCCUUCCUUUGGCUUCUGCUUUGUGAAAAGUUAGACAGCACAUGGGUGCCUCAGACCAUGCAUGCCUCUGGGUGAAGGCUGCACCCCACAUUGCCAAUUCACCAUUAAACUGGAGGACAAAGGCCCACUCCCUGAUGCCCAGGGAACUAUGACCCUCUGGACAGUCACUCAGGAUUUUUCAGUGCAUGGUGUCCUAUUAACUAUGCCUGUAAACUAGGUGGAUCAGAACAGAUUUGCUUACUAACUGUUCAAACAUCAAAGCGAUGAAGAAUGUCUCACUAGAUCAAAGACAGACUCACCCUGGGAGCUACCUGAGGCCCUUGGCUUAUGACCUCUUUUUCCAUCUUUAGCAGUGGGUAGUUGUUUACCUUAUUGAAUCAUUGAUUCUCUGAUUUCUGCUUAUGGGAGCCUUUGCAGUGUCGUGGGGCCACUUAGAUAUUCUAGGGUGAUCACUUUAAGGGUGGAGGAUGAAGUGGGAGCUUUUCUUUUGUUUGAGACAGGGUCUCCUAAUACAAUAGCUUCUGGCCUCUAACUGGUAAUCCUCCUGUCUCAGCUUCUCCUGUGUUGAAAUUAUAGGCUUGUACUACCAAACCCAGGUUGGGAUUUUAAAUUCUCUGUAUGUAUGUUUAAGACAGUCUCACUUUAAUGCCCUCAAACUAUCUGUAGUCCUCCAACCUCAGCCCUUAGAGUGCUGGAAUUAAAGUUGUGUGUCACUGGGCCAGGA